GAGCUCUCUUCGCUGCAAAGAGGCCCAGACCGCGCCACUUAUUACUCAGUUUGGCGGCCGACUCGACUCGUGUACACGCGUGGAGCGGAAGGCAGCGAGCGCGAGAAAGAGAGCGCCCCCCACUCGAGCCAAGGCAAUCCGCCGAGCUCCCCCUCGCCGAGUGCCCCCCCCCCCCUCCCCAGCAGCAGAACACACUUUUAACGUAAGCCCGCAGCUUUUUGUGUGCGCGUCCUUACGUUUGGCUCGCCAAGACUGAAGGACUCUUCCCCCCUGCUCCACUUCGUCCCCUUCCUCCCCCGUGUAUCCAUUUAGGUAGACAGACCGCAGCAUGUCGCGCAAGGGACUCAAGGGUAGCAGCACCAUCGGUGGCAACGACGUGCUGACCAUCGAUCAGCUGCGCCACCAGGACGACUGGGUGCUCGACACGGAGCGAUACAGAUGCCACGUGUGCACGCGGAACUUCACGCGCUUCCGACGAAAGCAUCACUGUCGCAAGUGUGGUGAGGUGGUGUGCGGUAAUUGUACGCUGAAGAAGGAGGCAGAGCUGCCCGUGAUCGGCCGCUCACUGGUGCGCGUAUGCAUGUCGUGCAUCCUGUCGCACGCCAAUGGCCAGGCAAACCCUCAGGCCCCGCCCCCCGCCCCUACGUCGGGCACGGCAUCGCCGCCGCCCCCGCGUGAGGAGCACUGGGAGGCACAGAACUUCCACUCGCCCACCGGCAACUCGGAGGGAGACUUGUCGCACUUUACGCGCGAUUUCCAGCAGCCCGAGUUCGACUACCCGCUCGACUUCAGCUGGGACCACCCGUGGCCCAAGCCCCCCAUCGUUCCAGGCGAGUCUGAGCGUCUCGAGAUUCUGCGCGGCUUUGAGAUUAUGGACACGCCCAGCGAAGACGUGUUCGAUAUUAUUUGCGACCUGGCCAGCAACGCUCUCAAGAGUCCCAUCGCGGCCGUGAGUCUACUGGACGAGGACCGCGAGUGGUUCAAGGCGAGCGUGGGUUUGGCGCAGAACGAAGUGCCGCGUUCCGUGUCCUUCUGCGCGCACGCUAUCAUGUCCAAGGAGCCGAUGGUUGUUAUGGAUACUCUGUUGGAUAAGCGAUUCGCCAAGAACCCACUCGUGACGGGUGCGGCCAAAAUCCGAUUCUAUGCCGGCGCGCCGAUCUGCACGCCCUCCGGCCAUCUUCUUGGCACGGUGUUUGUAUUCGACACACAGCCACGCAACACGUGUGAUAUCGCUACCUUGGAGAAAUUGUCGAAUGUGGCGAUGAAAAAUCUGGAGGACCGUAAGAACGCUGUGGCUGCGCCGGUUGAUAAUGGUGAGGCAGUGGAGGUGGUCGAGAGCGAUGAUCAGCAGACAGAGGCGCCUAAACGCCCCGCCGAGCCGCUCCGGGGAUCGGGAAUUGGAAUCGCAAACCAGGUGGUGGCCCAACCAGUGACUGGCGCAUCGCAGGAUCUUGUCGCGGCCAACGCUGGCGAUGGUCAGGUGACGGCAGGUCCAAAGAUGGAGACGAUGCUGAUGGAUUUGCUGUGCCGUACCACGGAGACUCAGCAGCAGUUAGCAACACAGCAGGGAGCGAUGUUCCACACACUAGGCCAACACACCGCUGACAUCGACAAGUUAGCGACUGCGAUGGCGCGGAUGGAGGCAAAAUUAGACGCGAUGGCCGAGUAAAGCGGCCAGAAUGGUAAUGCGCGCCGUGGACAGCAGCGGCGACGCGUGCGCGUAGCUCAAAAGCGAGAUAAGAGGAUGGCCACGGCUUCAUGUGAGGUGACGAAAAGGAAAAGAAAAACAAACAGCAGAUUCAAUCAUUCGCUCGCUUUCUUCAAUCGUAUUCAGAUUUGUAGUGAUAAAGAUGGUUGUGAUGAACUCGAUCGUGUUGAAGAACAUUGGCUUGCCGGUGUCUGUAGCUAUACGGACUGAAGGACCUCAUGUGCACUUUAUACUGGCAGUGCUGAAUGGCGUUACCGCAACUUUACUUACAACGCCUUGACACGAUUUGUGGCAACCUUAGACCCAAAAACAACCAUAACACGCCGAACACUCGGUAAUAUAUUUUAAAUUACCCAACGCCACGUGUCC